CUUUCAUUACCAUGGGAAUGACAUGAUACAUAUCAUGAAAAAUUUACAGUGCAAAUCAUUCCCAUUACCACCAAUUAGUAUCGAUAACCAAACAGGCCAUAAAAGCCACCUAUCUAGUUUUCGGUACAACCCAGAGCAAACAAGGGCAGGUCCAGAAACACAACUACAAGCAAAGAGGAAUUAUGUGCAUUUACUCUGAUUUUUAUCAUUUUCCUACAAGUUCUGCAGAUAUAUGACCCAUGAUAUAAGUGUGUUACUGUUAAUUGUCUCUUAUGUUUACUGUGUGACUAGCAAAAUUGAAUGCUUCUCAACUAGAUUUCUUAUGUAUAAAUCAUAAAGUGGAUCAAAGUCUAUCAUUUACCCGGAAGUUAGCCAGUAAAAUAAAAAACAUGCCAAAAGUUACAAAACAAAAUUACCAAUAGUCAUAUUAAUAUAGCUAGGACUCGACUGAUUUAUCUCCCCAACAGUAAGCUUUUGGUGCAAUUAUAUAUCAUUGGAGAUGGGCAUGGGUCUUAGACAGUUAGACCCAAAGGUCUACAUCCAAAUCCGACCCCUAUUAUAGGUUUAAGUCUGUAAUUUUUUCGGCCUAAUGGCCUACGGGUCCAAGCCGGGUUGGAUCUAGGUGUUCCAUGUUUGAGUUUCGGUUUGGAUCCAUGUUCGUUAGACUCGGAUCAGACCCAUAGACUAAAUAAAAAUAAAAAUAGUCUUGUACAACACAUUACAAAUAGCUUACACAACUAGAUUGUUUUGAAGUUGAAAGUUGGAAGGUCUGAUGAAUGUAGUGAGUAUUACUACUACACAUUAAAAAUGUCUUGUAAAUGUAAAAAUGAUUUGAUAGAUUUUAUACGAACGUAUUAUCAUUAAUUUUUAUACUUAUAUUUGAUUAUUUUGUGUGCAAAAACAAAAACAUUUAUGCUAGAACUAGAUCUGGACCCUAGACCCGGAUACUAAUUGUUUAGACCCUAUAAAUAUGAGUCUGGGUCUGAGUCCAACAAAAAUAUAGGGUGGUCAGACUCUAGGUCUGGCCGAACCCAAACCUGAACCCUAACCAGAUUCGACCCGUACAAAGUAACUGCAAAAUCAAAAACAUGCCAAAAGAUGUAAAACAAAACCACCCAUAGUCAUAUUAAUAUAGCUAAGACUUGACAGAUUUAUCUCCCCAACAGGUAGUAAAGUAACUCUACCUUUUGGUGCAAUUAUAAAUCACAGUCAAGCUAAGUCUGCCAUAAGUAAACUGAAACCAAGAAAGAUUCUAGGGAGAGAGAGAAGAGUGAGAAAUGUGCAGAGAAAUGGAGAAUAGAAGAGUAAUCUUCACUGCCACAUUUCUCUGCUUAUUGUUACCUGAACUUUUUGCAGUUGCAAAUGCUGAAGAAUUCGGUGAUGUACCAAUCACCCCCGCCAUGUUCAUCUUCGGUGACUCGCUGAUAGACAACGGAAAUAAUAACUACUUGCUCUCGAUUGCAAAGGCGAAUUACUACCCGUAUGGGAUAGACGUCGGAGGCCCAACGGGGAGGUUUUGCAAUGGUCUUACAGUUGUAGAUUACGGAGCACGACAUCUGGGAUUGCCGUUGAUACCACCAUACUUCUCAAUAACAUCAUUCGGAAAGCAUAUUUUGAGAGGGAUAAAUUAUGCAUCAGCAGCGGCAGGGAUACUUGAAGAAACAGGGAGAACUUAUGGGCAACGGACAACCUUGAGUGGGCAGGUAUCCCAGUUUCAGGAGACUCUUACGCUGAAAUUAGCACUGUUAUUCGAAAGCCCGGAUGCACUAUCCCAGUACCUCGCAAAAGCCGUCUUCUUAGUCGACAUUGGAGGCAACGACUACCUCAACAACUACCUUCAACCUGACAGAUAUGCCAGCAGCCGUCUGUACAGUCCAGAAUCAUAUGCUGAUCUCCUCAGAGACACACUUGCUACUCAAAUAACUAGAUUGUACAACCUAGGAGCAAGAAAAUUUGUACUGGCAGGAACAGGUCCUCUUGGAUGUAUACCUGUUUACUUAUCCAGAUCAAGUGAUGGUAGCUGUUUGCAGAACGUCAACAAUUUGAUCAUUUUAUUCAACGAUCGACUGAUUCAGCUGACAAAUACACUCAACAAUAGCCUACCUGGUUCUUUCUUCGUUUAUCACAAUACUUAUAAUAUCGUCGAUGACAUGGUUCACAACCCUUCUACUUAUGGGUUUACUACAUCAAACAAGGCUUGUUGUGGAAACGGCAGAAAUGGAGGGGAACUUACAUGUCUUCCUUUGCAGGCACCAUGUCCAGAGAGAGAUCGUUAUCUGUUCUGGGACUCCUUCCACCCAACGCAAGCAGCAAAUGCAAUCAUAGCACGCAGAGCCUACAGCCAGAAUGCCAUUGACUGCACUCCAAUCAGCAUCUAUCAGCUAGCACAACUAUAAAUUCAUGAAGCUCAAUGUAGUACCUACUCAUAUAGGACUUCUAUUGUAUUAUUAUUAUUAUGUCGACAAAUUCAAGCAAGAAAAUUAAGGCAGCAUUAUAUUGUACUCUUAUGUAAUAAACAUGUAAGAAAAAUUCAUAUUAUGCUAUUAUAUAGUACUUUCCAAUGUUCAAAAAUAUUGCAAGUAAAAGUUCAAGAACAAGUCAAGAUAAGUCAUUAUACCUUAUAAAAAUUAAAAACAGCAUUUGCAG